AUAGAGGAAGCACGUGCAGUUGGCCGACAUCUAUAUAAAGAUACGGUUCCUCGAGGUUAGACCCUGAAAUUCGGCAUGCCGAAAAACAAACGGCAUCCAUCCCCGGCCCCAAAUACCUACGACCACGACUCCAUAGCCACCACUGUUCAAGCGUCCGCUACCAUAUGCACCGUCAUCGGCCACGCCCGCCUGCACCCCACUCCGUACCUUUUCAACCUCUUCCCCCCUCCGCAGCUUCAGUACUCUCUAGUCUACCACAUCAAACACCAUCAGUUCACCUCACGGCCUGCGCCCCAUUUCAAUCUCAUCCAAGUGUCAUUCCCGCUAUAAUUACACAUUCCCAGCGCCUCCACGACUCCCAAUCUCAUUCAAAUACAAAACAACCAAACCAAACCAAACCAAACCAACCCAUCCCAUCCACCUCUCCACAUGAUCCCAAAUAUACACAAUAGCCACCCCCAGCGUACACUUCAUAGAGAUGCGUUUUGCUUCGACAUGGACAUCGAAAUCAUCAGACAUCGACAAGCUCAGAAGAAGAAAAUUCGAAAAAUGAUUUGAUACAAAAAAAUC